UCUAUAUUGUCACAACUUCCCACGGUAGCUCAUUCAGUACAGACAAAACCUUUGAGUAAGUUUCAUCAUGAUUUCGUUAAAAGAAAGUCGCAAAUUUCGUCUCCUUGUGAUUUUUGCCGCUGUUUGUCUUUUGCAACUUACCCAAGGUGCAGACGAGCAGAAGCCGGACAAAUACAACGAGUUUGGAGGUGACGAUCCACAGAUUGCUAUCGAACUCGCCAUCGUUCUUGAGCCACGUGGUCGUCAAUGCUUCUACCAGUACAUUAGAAAAGGUUCCGAACUUAAGUUUUCUUACACGGUUCAAACGCCAUCGACGGCAAUAACAACAAACGCUAUUUCAUCUUAUAUUCGAGAUCCAUUUGAAAACCAAGUUUUUGCCACUCAUCUUGAAGAUAAGGUCGACAUUCCACCUUUCGAAAUAAAAAAUGAAGGUGUGUACGAAUUUUGUUUUAACAACUUCAUCGGUCGCUUCCUUUACAAAAAGACGGAAUUUUUCAUUGGAAUUAUCAAUCCAACUCGAGUUUUUAAAAAGAUGGACGUCUUAAAUGAAACUCUUCAAGUGUAUGACGGCUUAACGGACAGAGUACGCGGAAUCUCUUCUACUAUUUUUCACGUGGAGCAUCAGAUGUACUUUAUGCGAAGACUUGAAGGUGCGGACCUUGCUUAUCUCGAACAGAAUCUUCAAUAUAUCAACCGAAUGUCUGCGCUCACAAUUGUCGGCGUAAUCGCAGUUGCCUAUAUGCAGAUCCUGAUCUUGAAAAGAUUUUUCCGUGAGCCAAAAAUAACGGGUAAAGCAAAGCCAAGAGCUUAGAACUCAAACCAGAUGAUUUCAAAACCUGAAACACUUCCAAUUAUUCGGAACCUUUAAAACACGAAAUGUGAAACAUUAUUUUGAUUCUUUUGUGAAGUUUUGCUCAACAACGGCGGGAAAUUAUGGGGAAUCACCUUCAGUGAUAGUAUGUUUACCGCGUUAAAACUUUAUCUCAGCAAAAAAUAUAAUACGCUCGUGCAGUUAAUAUUCAUUCUUUGAAGUUUGUAAAACGAAAUUCAAUACAAAUCUUCUUUUAUCAAAGUCUGCUAAGUAAUUUGCCUUUAAGCAGGUCCAGAACGAGCUAAAGUUCAUAACGAGUUGAGCGAUAAAAUUUAGAAC